GCCUAUUCCAAAGAACUGACAGCCGCCGUGGCAGCAGUACGACGAGCCGCACAGAUCACGACAAAAUUACAAAGGGACCUCGCCAACGUCGAAAGUGCGACCAAGGACGACGCCUCCCCGGUGACGGUGGCGGACGUGGCUGCCCAGUGCGUCGUCAUCGAUGCGCUAUCAUCAUUAUUUCCGGACGACGGCUUCGUGGCCGAGGAGAGCGCGGCGGAUCUGCUGGAGCGGGGCGAGCGUAGGUGUAUAGAGGCCGCGGCGGCAGCUGCUGAUGUGUCCGUCGAGGAGCUCUGCAACAUCGUGGACACGCGCCGACCAAACUCCAAAAGAUGGUGGGUCCUGGACCCCAUCGAUGGGACGAAAGGGUUCCUGAGAGGCGCGCAGUACUGCACGGCGCUCUCAUUGAUCGACGUUUAUGAGGGAGAUUAUGAACGAGAAGCGGUCGUUGGUGUGUUAGGGUGCCCAAAUCUCGAAAGGGACGGGAGCUUACGUGAGGGAAGUGAUGGCGACGGGGUCGUGGUGGCGGCGGCGCGCGGCGCCGGUUGUUUUAUGACUCCUUACGCCGAGGAUGACUGGACGCCGUUAACUACCACACAACGUGCAUCGUGGACCGACGGUCUGUUGAUCGAGGGCGUCGCGGCCUCGCAUUCGGACCACGGCGCUUCUGAGAGAGCGGCCCGAACCCUCAAACUAAAAAGUGAGCCGGUGCGCCUCGACAGCCAGGCGAAGCACGCCUUGCUGGCGGGCGGCCGCGGCGAUCUUUUUACGAGGCUGCCGCGGCCGGGCUACGUCGAGCGCGUCUGGGACUUUGCUGCGGCCAAAUGCGUGGUGGAGGAGGCGGGCGGCGCCAUCACCGACCUGAAGGGUAGGCCCAUCGACGUCGGAUUGGGAACAUACUUAGACGCGAGCGUCGAGGGCAUCGUCGCGUCGGGCGCGCCGGCUUUACAUCGAGAGGCGUUGGACGCGGUGAACGCGGGGCUGGCGGCUAAGGACUAGGUAACUGUGCGUCGAUGGCGUGGAGGGGGGCGUUGUAUCUGUUACGGUGCUAGGGCUAGUGGGCGGAGCCGCGAUGCAGCGGCGCGGGCCGAAAAGCAACACCCGCGGCGCCGGAGCCGUACAGCGCCUCCGACGAGCACCUUGUAGAGGUGGCGACGGGCGCGACGCCCGAACCAAGGCGGGGCGCCGGCGAGCCGCAGCUACAAGGCUCAUGAGUGAACGCCGCAGAGGCUGCCUUUACGUGCUCGCAACGCGACGACCAUGGGCGGAGGUGAGCCAUAACUUCGUCCAGAGGCGCCGCCGCCCCGCGCGCCCCGCUUGUCCAAAAAAGGGCAGCCGCCGCGCGCCCGCGCGCCCACCCCCAUACAUUGCAGCCCCAACACCUCGCUACGCGCGUCGCAGGCGCGAGCGUCCCGUCGGACAUGAAGCAGAAGGUAUGAGAACCGGCGUCCCGACCCAACCACGACGGCGCGCCGCGCGCCGCCGUCGCGCGACGCACACACAAGGCGCGUCCGCCGCCGCCACUCUCGUCUCAUCUCUCCGCGUCGCGGCGACGGCGUAUGGACAGCGCUCACCUCACGCCAUCGAAGCGACGGUCGCGGCGAUGGCGUGGGGGCCGCACGCCGUCGACGCGACGACGCUUUCGGCCUUCGACGCCAGGACGACGCGACGCGACGCAGGUCCACGCGGCCUUCGACGUGCAAGAUACCGAGGCCUGGUCCAACGCCGACGAUUUGAGGACGCCGUCCGAGGUCAAGGCCGAGCUCGCGCGCUUACGACAACUCGCGCUCGCGUGCGUCACCGCGAAGAUGGACAACAAGAAAGUUAAUGACAAAAUUGAUUUGAACGCUCCCAAAAAAGCAGCGGUCUACAAGGCGCCUUUGGUGCGAGAAGCCAUUGCGCGGUGCCUGUCGUCGAACCCCCUCUUCAAGCGGUGCCGCCCGGAGGAGAAAGAAGAAUUGUUAGGACAGUUCGAGAAAGUCCAAUUUACGAAGGGUAGUACGAUUAUCAAACAGGGCGACGAAGGGGCUACCUUCUAUGUGGUCGAGGACGGUGUGUGUGACGCCUUCAUCAAAGGAACGUCCAAAGCUGUCGCGUCUCCGGGGCCCGGUUCGGGGUUCGGUGAGCUGGCACUGAUGUACAACACCCCCAGAGCGGCGACGAUCGUGGCUCGCACGCCCGUCAUAUUGUGGAAGAUUGAGAGAUCUGAAUAUCGCUUAGUACUGGCUUCGCACGCGAAGCAACGGAGUGAUGAAUAUAAAGCUUUGUUAGCUGAAGUGGAGUUGAUCAAUUCAGAGGGCACGAAGAAGCGCCCGCUCAAACACUGCAUCACGGACCAGCAGAUGACGAAACUCGCGGAUGCCAUGGACGAAGAUGUGGUCCCUGCGGGCCAGAACGUGAUCGUCCAGGGCGACGAAGGCCAUACCUUCUUCGUGAUCGCGGACGGUGAUGUCGAUGUCUACGUCGAUAAUAGUAAGGUCAAUACGUUGGGUAGAGGUCGCUACUUCGGCGAAGUCGCUCUUAUUAGGGAUGACAAGAGAAACGCCACCAUAACCGCGGGAAGAACUGGAGCCAAGGUACUAGCUGUUGAUCGGGAAGACUUUGUCGCGUUGUUAGGUGACAUUGAUGCUCUCAUCUCAAGUGGUUCGUCGGAAGAAGUGGAGGUUGACUUAACGAAGCGCGACGCGGCCCAGAUUGGACUUAAGGAUCUAACAGUGAUAAGAACGUUAGGACACGGCGCCUUCGGUACGGUAGCAUUGGCGUGCCAUGAAGCGUCCGGGCGACACUAUGCCCUCAAGUCGCAGGCCAAGCACGCGAUCUGCGAGAACAAUCUCCAGGAACACGUGUUGAUGGAGCGAGAAAUACUGAUGAUGCUCGACCACCCCUUCAUUCUCAAGCUCGUGUGUGCGUUCCAAGAUGACUACGACGUGUACUUCUUACUUGAACUACUCAUCGGAGGUGAGUUGUUUUCUCAUUUACGACGUGCUGGUAGAUUUGACGAGCCUUCAGCUAAAUUCUACGCGGCUGGUGUCGUGCUGGCUUUCGAGCACAUGCACGCCAAGAAGGUCGCCUACCGAGACUUAAAACCGGAAAACUUAGUGCUAGACAACCGAGGCUACGUCAAGCUCGUCGACCUCGGCCUGGCCAAGGUGGUCCCCGGAAAGACGUGGACCCUGUGUGGUACUCCUGAUUACUUAGCCCCGGAAGUUAUUUUGAAUGAGGGCCAUGAUAAGGCUGUCGAUUAUUGGGCGCUAGGUGUUCUGAUAUAUGAGUUAGUGGCUGGAGUGCCUCCGUUUUAUGCUGACGACCCGAUGGACGUCUACGAGAAGAUCCUUUCAGCUAAUAUGGCCUUUCCCUCGCAUUUCGGCCGUUAUCUCAAUGAUGUGGUCCGCAAGCUCUUAAAGUUGUGCCAGUCCAAGCGCUUAGGUAAUGGGCGCCAGGGCGUCGGUGCGAUCAAGAAGCAUCGGUGGUUCUCGGGCUUUGGGUGGGACGAUUUACUGGAGGGCAAGCUCAAGCCGCCGGUCGACGUCAAGGUCCAGAACGAUGGCGACGCCCACAACUUCGACACGUACGACGAGCAGAAGUCUGAAAGAGUGGCGCGGCGGUCGUGGCGCCCCGCUCUGGAUGAUUGAACAUACUGUGCCGCGCGCCCCUCCCCCACGGCUGCGAUCCCCUCCCCCCGUUGCGUUGAAUGUGCCCUGUGUGUGCUAAGAAACACCUGUGCCUCUUA